AUUUCCAAAACCCUAAUUUCACCAGUCACCAGCGGCGGUUACAAAACCCUAACUCCACAAUGGUGAAAUUCCUAAAACCAAACAAAGCAGUGGUGGUUCUCGGCGGCCGUUUCGCUGGCCGGAAGGCCGUCAUCGUCAAGCAGUUCGACGACGGAACUCGCGACCGUCCGUACGGCCACUGUCUGGUCGCUGGAAUCUCGAAAUACCCUAAGAAGGUUAUCCGUAAGGAUUCGGCGAAGAAGACGGCGAAAAAGUCGCGUGUGAAGGCGUUUAUUAAGCUGGUGAACUAUAACCAUAUUAUGCCGACGAGAUACACGCUGGAUGUGGAUCUGAAGGAUGUUGUGACGGUUGAUGCGUUACAGUCGCGUGAUAAGAAAGUGACCGCGUGUAAGGAGACGAAAGCUAGGUUUGAAGAGCGGUUUAAGACAGGGAAGAACCGGUGGUUUUUCUCGAAGCUCAGGUUUUGAAUGCGAUAUGAGGUGUUGUUUUUGGUUAUAUUAUUGUUAUGAUAGAUUCUGUUUACUUCGGUAGUUUUUUGUUAUCUGUUGCGAGUUGGAAUGAGUUUUGGAGGAUUAAUCUUAUGAACUACAUGUUUUUCGCCUUAAGUUUGAUUAAUUCAUGCUUAUUUAUUAGCU